GUGGUCCGGCCGAUACGAAUUGUCAGUACGUGCACGGCGAUAAGCUGACACGGUUUGGAGUCGGGGAUCGCAGCUGGUCCUUGGUCGAGUCUGCGAGGAGCCUCGGCGCGGGCUCCUCGAAGCGAUUACGCUUCGUCCGGAUCCGCUGGCGGGUAGUAUCGUGACGUGUCGCGAUAAUGUGCGGUGGUAAGACCAGUUUCCCGAGAGGAAUGCACUGAGUGGACACUCUCGGAGCUCCGUUAUUUUCCCUGUCAAAGGGAGACACGCGAAAGUUACCGGUGAGAUUUUACGUGUUCGGUCGGUCGGUCGGUCGGUCGGCGGCGCGCACACACACACACAUACACGGUACCGCUCUCGCGGUUUUCCCCACGAGGGAAACUGUACUCGCCUGCAAUUGUUCGAGAGGGGCGAGAGCGCAUCCGAGACGCUCUUCAGAGUUCGAAGACACCGUGGGGGAUAACACCGCCACCCCUCGUGCCUCCUCGACCAUUACCAAGGCCACGUGGACCACGUUGGGAGCCUGGACAAAAUAUGUGCCAGCAUGUCCGAAGCCGGGGCGCAGGAAGCAGCGAGCGGGGAGAUAGACCGGCAGGCGUCGGUUUACGUGUUCCCGGGACCGGGUCGUCCACAAUUUGCGAGCAACUCGCAGGCCGCGAGCAUUGGGCCCGUCCCCGACGGCACGGCGGUCCCCGGAAUCGUCGGGACAACCAUCGGUGCGUUCGCGAGAGGCGACGAGGAGGACGCGGCCUCGAAGAUCAGGAGACGACCUCGUCCGAUGACCCACGCAAGGUCUGCCAGCCAUGGCGGAAUGCUUGCGGAGAGCCUGACAGGCUCAGGGCUCCAGGGGAACGCGGGAUCCUAUUUAGGACCUCUGUCCGCUGUCGGUGCCACGAGACCCUCGGCCCUCAAGAAGCCAGGACACCAAAGGGCCUUCAGUCAAGGUCAGGUGGUCGACGUUCAAGGACACGCGGUCACCGGGCACAGCAGGGUAGGAUCCAGGACGGAUUUCAUCCUCCCGCCUGGCCACAGGGAAGAGCCAAGGCCACCUACGGCUGGAAAGACACCCUCUUGUCGAGGUCACUCGCGGCAAGCGUCCAGAUCAGAGUCGAUAUACACGAUAAGACGUAGCGCGGAGCCACCUUGGUGGAGAAAACUUUGGUCGCGAUGCUGUGGCCCCUUGCCAGAGGAACCUCGUCUCAGGACCAUAGUGCCGAACCACUUGGUACCUCCCAAGACCCCACGGAGUCAGCACCCCAAUGGGAAACGGGUGGAUAAUAGAGUACGCACAACGAAGUACACUGUGCUGAGCUUCCUACCUCGCAACCUUCUCGAGCAAUUUCACCGCGUGGCCAAUCUGUAUUUUAUAUUUAUCGUUCUGCUUAAUUGGGUGCCAGCCAUAAACGCCUUCGGCAAGGAGGUCGCCAUGAUACCCGUGGUCUUCGUGCUGGGCGUGACGGCGCUGAAAGACUACUUCGAAGACCGGCGAAGACUCGCCAGCGAUCGUCGCGUCAAUAAUUUCACCUGUCGCGUCUACGUCGGGGAAGACGACAGGUAUGCAAAGGUGGCGUGGAAAGACGUGAAGGUCGGCGACCUGGUUCACCUAUCGAACAACGAACUGGUGCCGGCCGACGUGUUGCUUUUGCGGAGCAGCGAUCCUCAGGGCUUAGCAUACAUCGAUAGCUGCAACCUCGACGGCGAGACCAACCUGAAGCAGCGACAGGUGGUCAGGGGAUUCGUCGAUCUCCAGGACACGUUCCAGCCGGCCAAAUUCCGCUCGGUGAUCGAGGUCGAUCAGCCGAGCACUAGGAUCUAUAGGUUUCACGGAGCCGUGGUUCACCCGAACGGCGGCAGAGUACCUGUUUCUACGGAAAACCUUUUACUCAGGGAGUGUUUGCUGAAAAACACCGACUUCGUGGAGGGCAUAGUGAUUUACGCCGGCCACGAGACCAAGGCGAUGCUGAACAAUGGCGGGCCGAGGUACAAGCGUUCCAGGCUGGAAAAGCAGAUGAACAGGGACGUGAUCUGGUGCGUGGUGAUCCUGCUGCUCCUGUGCGUGAUGGGCGCGAUCGGUUGCCGAUUAUGGUUGUCCGGCUACUCGGGAUUAUCGUUCGUCCCGUUCAUCCCGGUCCUCCAGGACCCCGGCUACGAGAGCAUGCUGACGUUCUGGACGUUCGUGAUAAUCAUGCAGGUGAUGAUCCCGUUGAGCCUGUACGUGACGAUUGAGAUGGCGAAAGUGGGCCAGGUGUACCACAUCGGGCAUGACGCGGCGUUGUACGACACGGAGACGGAUCGUCCCGCCGAAUGCCGGGCGCUCAACAUCACGGAGGAAUUGGGUCAGGUUCAGUACGUGUUCUCGGACAAGACUGGGACGCUGACGGAGAACAAAAUGCUGUUCAGACGUUGCGCGGUGGGUGGCCAGGACUAUUCUCACACAGGUGAGGGCGAGAAUUUGAUGCCCUCCUCCAGACUGAAGGAGGAUCUGCUGAUCAGCACGUUCCGACACAAUCUGCAGGAGCUGCUGGUCGUGCUGGCCAUAUGCAACACCGUUGUGGUAAACUCGCAACCUCACUACGACACCAUGAACUCGAGCGGGGUGAUCGAAGAGCCGCAGAAGAACGGCGACGAGACAGGAAGGUACACGAGAAUGAUAGAGGCUAGGAGUUUGACCCCUUCGCCUGUCAUUCCGUUGGCCACGUUCUCGCACCCGGCCAACAACAUCGAGGACAACGUGUCCUCCAUAUCCUCCAUGGUCGAGAUGGAGUCUGUCCUGAACCACUCCACCAAGCCCUUCAGUAAAGUACCAAGGCCGAAGUUCCUGAACGUGACGUCCAUACCGAGCCUGGGAAUGGGACUGCUGGGACGAAAACUGUCGCCGAACGGCGCCCAGAAGAGGCGCAGCCCGCUCAGUCCCGUUAUCGACGCUGCCAGGAAGAACGGAGACGAAUUGCUACCCGCUGCUGCGAUCUACGAAGCGGAAAGCCCGGAUGAGCUCGCGCUGGUGAACGCGGCCCGCGCGUACAACGUGAAACUGUUAAAACGCACGGCGCGCAGCGCGAUCGUAUGCCUGCCGGAUAAAUCUAUCCUCACUUUCGAAAUACUUCACGUGCUGCCUUUCGACUCGAACAGAAAGUGCAUGUCGAUCCUCGUGCGACAUCCGCUGACGAACGAGCUGAUACUGUACUGCAAAGGUGCGGACACCACGAUCUUCUCGUCGCUGACUCCUCAGGAAGAGAGUUCCGCUACCACGUUGAAGAUUCGUCAGCACUUGCAGUCGUACGCGCGGCAAGGUCUCCGAACUUUGGUGAUGGCGAAAAAAUCUCUGACGGCGCAGGAAUACGAGACCUGGCGGCAAGCGCAUACCGAGGCUGAGCUGGCGAUGGAGAACCGUGAGCAUCGUAUCAAGGACUCUUACGCCGUCCUUGAGUCGCACCUGACGUUGCUGGGGGCGACCGGGAUCGAGGACAAGCUGCAGGCCGGAGUGCCGGAAACUAUGGCCAAUCUGGUGGCCGCAGGAAUCGUGGUUUGGGUUCUCACAGGGGACAAGCCGGAGACUGCGGUGAACAUUGCAUAUUCGGCGCGGCUUUUCUCGCCGGCGAUGCAGUUGCUAUGGCUGCAGGCGCGAUCCAAGACGGUCGCUGAGACUUUGAUACGUGGCUACCUCGAGUCUGCUAAAAGGGACAGCAUGAUUCGCGGGAAUGACUGGCGAGACAUCAGGGAGAACGUGAUAUUAAACCGAGACGUUGCUGAGAACGAUGCGCACAGGAUAGACAGUCCCUGGCCGAAACAACGGGCACUGGUCGUCGAUGGGAAAACUCUGACUGUCAUCUUGGACCCACGGUCAGGAUUGAUCGGAUCGUUUCUCGAAUUGACGAAGAUGUGUACCAGCGUGUUGGCUUGCCGAGCGACGCCUCUGCAGAAGGCAUACAUAGUGCGAAUUGUGAAGGAACAGCUGGGAAUGAGAACCCUGGCGAUAGGGGACGGUGCGAACGACGUUAGUAUGAUACAAACCGCGGACGUGGGAGUCGGUAUCUCGGGAAACGAAGGUACACAAGCCGUCAUGGCCGCAGACUUCGCCAUCUCACGAUUCUCGAUGCUUAGCAGGCUUCUACUGUUGCACGGGCACUGGUGUUACGAUCGCCUGUCCAGGAUGAUUUUGUACUUUUUCCACAAAAACGCCACCUUCGUCUUCCUUGUGUUCUGGUUCCAGCUGUAUUGCGGCUUCACCGGAUCAGUGAUGGUGGACCAGAUUUACCUAAUGCUGUACAACCUGAUGUUCACGUCGAUGCCACCCCUUGCGUUGGGCGUGUACGACCGAGUUGCCUCGCCAGCUGUUCUAAUGGCAAUGCCUCCACUGUACAAAAGAGGACGUCUCGGACUGGUCUACCAGUCGUACUCGUUUUGGCUAACGAUCGCCGAUGCUUUGUAUCAAAGUAUCGUUAUCUUUUUCAUAAAUCACUCCGUGUACUAUGACACGGCUAUAGACAUAUGGGAAUUCGGAACCACCGUGAUGUCGUGCUGCAUCGUCGUCAUGCUUGCCCACGUUGCCAUAGAGACGCGAUCAUGGACUGUAAUCCACGUGCUAGCUAUACUAGGAUCCAUGGGUGUGUUCUUUGGAUUCUGCUUGAUUUACAAUGUGGUGUGCGUGAACUGCAUGGGCCUACUUUGCUCAUAUUGGGUGAUGGAGAUGGCUGUCAUGAGGCAUACGUACUGGCUCACGUUGAUGCUCACCUGUGUUCUGGCAUUGCUACCAAGGCUACUGUACAAAACCAUAAAGUCGACCGUAUCGCCGGACUUCGCGCAAAACGCCACGUUCAAGGCGCCGUUGAAAGCCGGAAGCCAUCGACAGCGGAUCGCCGAGAGGAGCGGGAAUAAUUUCAUCGCCGGCUGGUCUCGCUCGACCCAACACGCCACGAUCAGAACCGGAAGCAAAGACGAUGCGUUGACGACCAUCGUUGCAUGACACACCCUGAAACGUCCGACAAGACUGUCAGCGCUUGGUAGCAGAUCAACCGAUGCUUUCGAGCUCGUCGCUACGGCCGAGACCUUGAGCAGAGGAACGGCGUCCAUCGCCGUGUUUCAACCGUGUACUGUUCCUAAGGUUCGAAGAAGUAUUGCUAGGAGGUUUACGUUAAUUUUAGUGUGCAUUCUCGGUUCGAACGGGAACCAGUUUCGCCGGAUCGGGAGCAUGUCGUUCGAUUGAUAUAAUGUCGUCGUUUACCGUCGAUCGGUGCCGAUUAGUGUCUUUUUAGUUGAAUCGAGUGGCUUUACAUUUCCGACUACUGUUGUUCGUUGCAUUUGAUGGCUGUGACUUUUAGGGACCAAGACUGUUUAGUCCGUUAGCAAUAUAUCGUUGUGCAUCGACGGUUCCAGUGCGAGCUCCAUGCGGGAUUUGUUCGAGACGCGGGUUGCAUAUCGAAUUAAGUAGAAUGUAAUUCAGGUCGUAAGUGUCCUCUUAGGAGUAAGAAAACAGGAAGUGUACACUGUAAAAGCGUGAUAUAUAUCUGGAGGCAGCGGUGCGAGGAGGUGGCAAACCUUGCAGCGAUGCAAAUCACGGAUGCGGCAUGAAAGGAACACAACUCCUGCAACUUCCCUCUGAAGUUCCGUGGAUUUUUGGGAAGAAAAGGACUGUCGUGGUCUCGACUGCCCUAACUAAGAGAAUUCUAGACUGCAGAUAGAGAACCAUGAAAAUUUUGCAAUGGAAACAGGGGAUCAAAUGUUAAAGUGCCUAAAACUACGGAACAUUUGGGUCUUGCAAAGGUUUGAAUCUUACAUAAAUUUCAGUCCCCAAAAAAGUUCAAAUUCCCACGAUUAUCUGAACUCUAUGAACAGUGAAAGGGAAAGUGGCAUUAGUGAAUAGACUUCCUCCCCGACACGAAAAAUGUAACAGCCUCGAUCGUCUCGUAAUUAUUUAAGCCCUACGAACGAUGUAAGAAAGAAUGACAAUAGUGGAUCAAAUUCUAAAGUGCCUAGGAUCAUAAGAAAUUACGGUUUCGCCAAAAUUCGAUUUUUGCAAAUCUUUUCGGUCCCAAAAAUUGCAAGGAACUACGUCGCACGAAAGUUCCUGGAAUCCACAGGUAUAAUAAAGGGCCUUAUGAUAGAGCCUUUGAUUCACGGUUCGCUAGGUUUGCCACCUGACUAUACAUCACCGCCUCCGAGCAUGUGUACGUUGUCUCGUACGAUGUUAACGUUGUACAAAUAUAGUAUAUUUACGCUGUAUACGCGAGCUGGUGUUACACGGAACACCUCUCACGCUCGUGACUGUAUUAUUACCGUAAUUUCGGUGACGUACGUGUAUAAGCGCGUAUCUGCCAGCAUAGAGGUUCUAUUAUACAUGUGUAUAUUCCGCAAUUAUCGACGACACGUUGCACGUGUUGACAUAGUAUUUUGAUAUACGAUUGACAGCAACUGCGUGUAUUGUAGCGACGAUAGUAAACCAAGUGUUCUCUAAAG